GUGAGGUUUCCGCUUCGACCAUGGAUAAAAGGGGUUCGCUCACUUCGGGGAGCCACAGAAGCCUCUCCGCCAGCUCUCCCGCCAGCUCUUGUACUCCAGGCACCGCCGACCCGAACCUCCGAGCUCAGCCCCAUGGCCCGCACCGCGACCGCCGCCACCCCCUGCGCCCCUCGGCUCCUCCGGGCCGCGCUGCUGCUCCUGCUCCUGGUCGCCGCCUGCCGGCGCGCAGCAGGAGCGCCCGUGGUCACUGAACUGCGCUGCCAGUGCCUAAAGACCUUGCAGGGAAUUCACAGCAAGAACAUCCAGAGUGUGAAGGUGACAUCCCCGGGACCCCACUGCGACCGAACCGAAGUCAUAGCCACUCUCAAGGAUGGGCAGGAAGUUUGUCUCAACCCUGAAGCCCCCAUGGUUAAGAAAAUCAUCGCUAAGAUACUAAAGAAGCACAGUGCUAACUGACCUACAAAGGAGGAAGCUUACUGGUUAUUGCUGCGUCCUUAGUGAAUUCAGAGUGAAAGAAGAGAAACAAAUACCUCCUGGGGUCACCUGGACCGUGUUUAAAAUGUCUGACUAUUUCUUAUGAGAGUCCUCUAUUUAUUUACAUAUGUAUUUAUUUAUUUUUCAAAGUUUGUAUAUUCAUGUUCUAAUAUUUAAAUAUAUGAAUGUGUUUAGUAAUUUGCUGUACUGUCAAAGGGUCAUUUUUAUGUUAAAUCAAAGUUAGUUCAGUCCUGACUAUUAUUUAAUUUGAAGAUGAUGCAUUUUAAAUGUUUUUUAUUUAUUAACUAAUAUUUUUGGUUGCGGGGGAGAGUGACCAUACCGUACUACCCGCUAUGAUAAAGGGUAGAGAUAAGUAAUGCGGGAUCCAAGCAAAUAAAUCAUUGUCAGGGCAGGGGAAUGUUAUGUGUACAUGCAUUUUCCCACCGUUGAGAAGAAUGUUAGUUGUUAUUUAUUGAAACAGUUUCACAGUAUGUGGUCAACAUUUCUGAUGUUGAAGCUAACCAUGUUCUUAAUAUCCCUUGGACAUUUUAUGUCUUCUGAGUAGGGCAUAAUGCCUUUAUUUAGUGUUAAUUAUGCAGUGUUUCUCUAUGUCUUGGA